AGCACAGUCCUGUUUCUCUCUCCAGGGCCCUGCCAGGGCUGCUAAGUGUGAGAGUCAUGUAUAGGACACUGCCAGACAGCAAAUAAUCUCAGCAUCUCAGCACUGUGAGAACUCUAAAAAAAAGGAGUGUGUUGAGAGUUAAAUACCUAUCAAAUUAAGGUUUUCCCUGAAGUCCAGCUAAGAACACAACCUACAAAAUAAAGUGAAAAAGCUGUGCAGCUCAAGAAGCAGCAUCCUACUUGAUGAAAAUGUCCCUUGUUUUUUGACAACGACUAAAGGACAAUGGGGUCAAACACACUUGGGAAGGCUGCAACUUUGGAUGAGCUUUUGAACACUUGUAUUGAAAUGUUUGAUGACAAGGGAAAUAGGUGCUCCAAUCCUUUGCCAAGGACUUUUCUUUUAAUGCACCGGUGGUAUCUGCCUUCUACAGAGCUGGCUGGCAAGCUUCUGUCCACAUAUAGAGAUGCCAAUGGGGAGAACUGCAAUGAAUUCAGAUUAAAAAUCUGUUAUUUCAUGAGAUACUGGAUUUUGGAAUUUCCUGCAGAGUUUAACUUGGAUCUUGGGCUGAUUCGUUUGACUGAAGAGUUUCGAGAAGUAGCCAGCCAGCUUGGAUAUGAGGAUCACAUCCACCUCAUUGAUAUCUCCAGCAUUCCUUCCUAUGACUGGAUGAGAAGAGUUACACAGAGAAAGAAGGUUUCCAAGAAAGGAAAAGCCUGCCUGCUGUUUGACCAUCUGGAGCCCAUUGAGCUAGCUGAACAUCUUACUUUUCUGGAGCAUAAAUCUUUCAGGAGAAUUUCUUUCACAGACUACCAAAGCUAUGUGAUCCAUGGCUGCUUGGAGAACAAUCUUACUUUGGAGAGAUCUAUUGCUUUAUUUAAUGGUAUUUCCAAAUGGGUCCAGCUCAUGGUUCUCAGCAAACCAACACCCCAGCAAAGGGCAGAAGUAAUCACAAAGUUUAUCAAUGUUGCACAGAAGCUCCUUCAACUCCAGAACUUCAACACACUGAUGGCAGUUGUGGGAGGUCUAAGCCACAGCUCUAUUUCUCGUCUGAAAGAAACACAUUCUCAUCUCUCUUCAGAAGUCACAAAGGACUGGAACGAAAUGACAGAGCUGGUCUCUUCCAAUGGAAACUACUGCAACUACCGCAAGGCUUUUGCUGACUGUGUUGGCUUCAAAAUUCCUAUUUUAGGAGUUCAUUUGAAAGACUUGAUUGCUGUCCAUGUCAUUUUUCCUGACUGGAUAGAUGAGAACAAAGUUAACAUAGUGAAAAUGCAACAGCUUUCCAUCACCCUGAGUGAACUAGUUUCCCUGCAGACUGCCUCUCAUCAUUUAGAGCCUAAUAUGGACUUAAUUAACCUGUUAACCCUGUCCCUGGACCUCUAUCACACUGAGGAUGAUAUCUACAAGCUCUCGCUGGUGCUGGAACCAAGGACCUCCAAAUCUCAGCCUACCUCCCCAACGACCCCUAACAAGCCAGUAGUGCCACUGGAGUGGGCAUCUGGAGUGGUACCAAAACCUGACCCUACAGUCAUUAACAAGCACAUACGAAAGCUGGUGGAUUCUGUCUUUAGGAAUUAUGAUCAUGACCAUGAUGGCUAUAUUUCUCAGGAAGACUUUGAAAGUAUAGCUGCCAACUUCCCCUUUUUGGACUCUUUCUGCGUGCUGGAUAAAGACCAAGAUGGUCUUAUAAGCAAAGAGGAAAUGAUGGCUUACUUUCUGAGAGCUAAAUCACAGUUCCAGUGUAAAAUGGGACCAGGGUUUAUUCAUAACUUUCAGGAGAUGACCUAUCUUAAACCAACUUUCUGCGAGCACUGUGCAGGAUUUCUCUGGGGCAUAAUCAAACAAGGCUACAAAUGCAAAGACUGUGGUGCCAACUGCCAUAAGCAAUGCAGAGACCUGCUUGUGCUAGCGUGCAGGAAAUUUUCCAGAGGAACCUCAGUAGGCAGCAACCACGGCUCUCUGCCUAGCAGUCCAUCCCUGCCUCCAGUCCAAGAUGAUGUGUUUGAGUUUCCCAGUGUGGCUGCGGAACAUCAGGACCUCGAUGGCAGAGCUAUCACCCUCGUCACUGGCUCUUCACGGAAAAUUUCGGUGCGGCUACAGAGGGUGACCACCAGCCAAGCCACACAGACAGAACCACUCUGGCAUGAGCCAGGCUGGAACGAUUCAGGCUCCCAUACUUUCCCCAAAAUGAAGUCCAAAUUCCAUGGCAAAGCUGGGAAGAACAAAGGCUUUGCAAAAUGGGAGAAUGAAAAGCCCGAUGUGCAGGCUGAUAUAGAGCUAGAAGCUGAAGCCCCACAACAUAUACAGGAUCACAAUGGAAUUGAAACCCUCCCAGAAACACAGGAAUCUGAGGAUAGCUGAUUGCUCACCAUGAAGCACAGAAAAAUGAAGAUGACAACGAUAACACAGCAAGUGUUGAGACUGUCACAGACCAUUCUUGUCCAUGAGAAGUUUUCCUGUACCUCAUACACUUAAAUUCAACUGUUGCCCUGUUUUCUUAGCUGAGAAGUGUUACAAAGCACUAUUUAUUUUCUCACGAGUAAGCCAUUUGGGUGACUAUUGCACGGACACAGCAGAAUGGAUCUCUGCUCUCAGUGUUUUGUUUUGUAUGACUUUUGUGGAAACUUCCUCUACAUGCCAGUGAGGAUAUAUUUGGCCUCCUUUAAAUACACUGCAUCAUUUCAGUAUGGCUGCCAGCAACAACAAUGGUGAGGACAGAAGCCAAGCAUCUAAGUUUGCUUGAUAACACUCCUUUCCAGAGGCUUGUAAUGAUCUUUUAAGGAAAGAAGUAGGUGUGUAUGCUGAUUA